AUGGAGGAGGUAGAAGAUGAGGAAAUGAGGGUAGAGGGCGAUGAUGUUGAGAUCGGGGAGGUUGAUGUGGAGGUUGAUAUGGUAAAUGCCGAUGUUGGUGACGUGGUCGAGGAUGUAGAAGAAGUUGUUGGUACUGGUGGUGCGAGGAUUGGCGAAUCCGAGGAGAUCAACGUAAACCUUGAAAAUGAAGUCGAACUUGAUAUUGUGGUUUCUACGGGCGGUGCGAGAAUUGGCGAGCUCGACAACGUUGAAGUGGUUGAUGUUGAUGUCGCCACUGAGCUUGUCGACGAUGAACCCACCGCACUCGACACCACCGAAGCAUAA